AUGGAUGUCUUCCACGCCUACACCUACUCGACUGCCGCAUGGCUCUCGCUGCAGAGCUUAUCCUUGAUGGCCGGCCCCAGCAUGAUCAUCGCCAUGCUGCUAGAUGAGGCGCGUCCUGCUUCUUCAAUGGAAAUCUACUUCGCCCGCAGCCUCGGCAUCAGCCUACUCACCAUCGCCGCACUCACAGUGAUGCUCACGGGCUCCAUCCCGCUCACCUCUUCGAUCGCCUCGCCCGUCACGACCGAGGACUCCGAUCCCAAGGCCCCCUAUGCCUUGCCCACCUUGAUGGUAACCUCGGUGUUCCACGCUGUCGCUGCUUUUUAUGCGUAUACCUGGUACGCCGCUGGUGGACAGGGCACCUUCGCUCUUGGGGUUGCGGGAUACUCUAUUCUGGCGGCGAUUGGACUGUGGUGUGUGCUUUUUGCGAGUGGGGAUGGCAGGAUCAGUCGUAAGACCGGGGCAGAUAAGAGGACGACGGGCUUUCCGUUUGCAAAUUCCGAGGCGGCGAAGAAGAAGGCGGUCCCUAGUUUCCGGGCCCAGCAGCCGAUUCCCCAGCAGCCAAUUCCCCAGCAGCCAAUUCCCCAGCAGCCAAUUCCCCAGCAGCCAAUUCCCCAGCAGCCAAUUCCCCAGCAGCCAAUUCCCCAGCAGCCAAUUCCCCAGCAGCCAAUUCCCCAGCAGCCACUUGGAAGAUCAAGACAGGUCCAAUCGCUGCAGGAUGUGGUACCCGUCUUCACCAUACCUGGCUUCGUUCGCGCACCCAGACCGGGAGAGCCGAUGAAUACCUUCAUGCCUACACAGUUUCACUCCCCACCGUCGCACACCAACGUCCCGCCACCCCCUAGGCAGUGUGCGACGACAGGUACACAGACGGGUGAGUCCAACAAUCUCGGGCAGGACGCGGCAGCGGUGGGAAACAAUGCGCGCGCGGCGCAAAACAACCACGCGGAUGCCCUGCCACCACCAAACCGUCCAGAACUCAGGGACCUGGAGUGCCUGGACUCGGUGGAUUAUGCGGGCCAGCUCUACGGCAUGAAAUUGAUCCCUAACCCGCCGGACCUGGAAUAUUGGCGGGACCGACUCUUCAAUGUUGACGAGGAGAUGAUCACCAUGAGCGAGCAAGACUUCCAGACCUACUUCCCACACGUCGACAACGUCUACUCCUACCGUUCCACCCAACAGUACAAACGGUGGCCCAUGGUCUCUCACUACUGGGGGUGUCGACUAAAGGGCCGGCCAGGAGGCACGCCCAAACCCGACAACCCGAACGUCAAAAAACGCAAGCGCACGGAACGACCGCGCGAUCUCUGCCAGGUCGUGAUCAAAAUCACCGAGCACUUGCCCGGCCGGCAGCCCGAGAGCCCAAGCCCCCGCGAGAAAGAGCCAUCUCCUCGCCCGUUCCCCGGAAUGCAGACCUUCUUCAGCAACCCCGGUAACCCACUCCAGUUACGUAUGCCCUAUGAAGUGUUUGCCUCGAGCUCCAAGCUCCCAGAGGGCCACCCCGGCUCCGAGGGGAGGAGGUAUUUUACCGUCCAACGCGUGAAUGGAAAUGGGCUGAAUGGGAAGGAUGAUGGGAUUCCUGGCGGGCAUACGCAUACACUUGAGGAGAGUGAUCAGGUGAAGAAGGAUAGUGUGCAGAGAUAUCUGCUGAAGGGGCAGGGCAAGGGGAGGAAAAGUUGCUUCACCAACGCCGCCCUUUCAACAUCCUCUGUACAACAGGGUCAAACUAUGUCCACCACAAACAAAGCGUACCAUACAAAAGCAACCGGUCUCGCUGCGGAAACGGCUGCUAGACAUGGCGCCGAAACCGAACUCCAGCUAUAUGGGAGCUGCUUCUGUCCCUUUGUGCAGCGCGUAUGGAUAGCCCUCGAGCUGAAAGGCAUCCCAUAUCAAUAUAUCGAAGUGGACCCGUACGAAAAGCCCGAGUCCCUGCUGGAGGUGAAUCCUCGGGGACUUGUUCCUGCACUGCGGCACAAUGACUGGGGAUGCUAUGAGAGCACGGUGCUGCUAGAAUAUCUCGAAGACUGCAACGAAGGGACGGCGCUUCUGCCGUCGGAUGCAAAGUUGCGUGCCCACUGUCGGUUAUGGGCAGAUCAUAUCAACCGGCACAUUGUACCGACCUUUUACCGCGUCCUUCAAGAACAGGACCAGGAGAAGCAGAUUGCUCAUGUGCAGGAGCUCCACGACGCGAUCCAUAGAUUGAUCGAGGUGGCGCAUCCGCGUGGGCCCUUUUUCUUGGGCCCGGAGCUCUCGUUCGUGGAUGUCCAGGCUGCGCCGUGGAUUCUUCGGCUGUCGCGAGUCUUGAAGCCCUACCGAGGGUGGCCAGACGCUGAAGAAGGAACUCGGUGGGCCUCGUGGGUGAAUGCACUCGAGACAAAUGAGCAUGUUCAAGCGACAACAAGCACGGACGAGCUAUACCUCGACAGCUAUAAGCGAUAUGCCGAGAAUCGUCCGAACACAUCCCAGGUGGCCAAUGCAAUCAAUUCGGGGCGCGGUUUGCCAUGA